CUACCACGCUGUGCCCCUCCCUUGAUUCUCCCUUCUUUCUCCUAUGUCUGAAGGUUACCUCUAGACAGAACAGCAGUCAAAAUGAGGAUCCUCUGCCUGCACGGGAAAGGCACCAGUGGUGUUAUUUUUAAAUCCCAAACCUCUGCGCUUCGUUCUCGACUUUUGGAUUUGGACAUUGACUUCGAUUUUGUCGAUGGCUUCUAUCAAUCAGACCCAGCCCCGGGGAUCGAUCUCUUCUAUCCACCACCAUUUUUCUCCUUCUGGGAGUAUGACACAACGGAUGCUGUCUUGCAUAGUCGUGACUGGCUCAAGAAUUACCUUGACACCAACGGCCCCUACGAUGCCCUCAUGAUGUUCUCGCAGGGAUGCGCCGUCGGCUCAACCUUCUCCCUGUUACAUAGGUUUGAAGAACCAGGCCGACCCCUGCCAUUCAAGGCUGCCAUCUUUAUUUGUGCGGGGGUUCCGCUAAAGAUUAUGGAAAAGGUGGGGUAUGAGAUUGCUCCCGAGGUUUGGGAUAAAGAUAUUUUGACUCGAAAGGCACUUAUGGCACAGGCGGAUGCCUCUGCGAUUCUAUCGCAGGGCUCAUCGCGUUGGCAGGGAGGGAAUGUGUUCAGUGCAUCCGUGGAAGAUAUUCGGAAAGAGAUCACCCCUUCGGAAGUUCAAAUCAAUAUCCCGACAGUGCAUAUAUAUGGGGAGAAGGACCCGCGGUGGUCUGCUGGCAUUCAACUGUCACAGGCUUGUGAUCCAGCCAAAAGGAAGCUAUACGAUCAUGGCGGAGGACAUGACAUCCCUCGCACAAGAGAAGUGACAAACAACCUGGAGGAAUUGGUGCGAUGGGCAUUGCGGGAGGGAGGGGCAAUUUGAUGUGGUAUCAAGAGAGGAUCUUGGUGUUUUUCCAACAUUGUUGAAAUUUCUUUAUAGAUGACCGUUUCCGAAUAGAUUUUGCUACCUGCUGCCUUCCAUACUAAGUAG